UGUUCACCUAUGAAGGCAACAGCAAUGAUCUACGGGUGGCCGGCUCCGGAGAUGGGGGGCUGGAAGAGAUGGUGGAGGAGCUCAACAGUGGGAAGGUGAUGUACGGCUUCUGCCGCGUGAAGGAUCCCAACUCUGGGCUGCCCAAAUAUGUCCUUGUCAACUGGACGGGUGAAGGUGUCAAUGACGUGCGGAAAGGAGCCUGCGCCAACCACGUCAGCACCGUGGCCAACUUCCUGAAGGGGGCUCAUGUCACCAUCAAUGCCCGGGCAGAGGAGGAUGUGGAGCCUGAACUCAUCAUGGAGAAGGUGGCCAAGGCCUCUGGGGCCAACUACAGCUUCCACAAGGAGAGCAGCAAGUUCCAGGACUCAGGGCCCCAGGCUCCUGUGGGCUCUGUGUACCAGAAGACGAAUGCGAUGUCUGAAAUCAAACGGGUCAAUAAGGAUAAUUUCUGGGCCAAAGCAGAGAAGGAUGAGGAGAACCGUCGGCUGGAGGAGAAGAGGAGGGCGGAGGAAGAGCGACAGCGGCUGGAGCGGGAGCAGCGGGAGCGGGAGCUGCAGGAGGCAGCGGGGCGGGAGCAGAUGUUUAAAGCCAGAUCCAGUGAAAUUGAAGCCCAGAAGAGACUCCAGCAGCAACAGGAGGCUGAGAACAGGGACAGGGAGCAGCAGCAAUGGAAGGAGCAGGCCGAGGAGGCGCGGCAGUGGAAAGGCGUCAAGAGAAGCGAGUCGGUGGAGAAAGCCCAGGAGGCUGCCACGCUGAUCGCGCAGAGAGCUGUGAACCCCCGUGACAUCUUCAAGCAAAGGGAGAAAGCGGGGCCAGGCGAUGCGGGGAUGCCAACACAGCCAGGACGAGACUCUGGAUACAACUCUGGUGUCCCAGGGUCCCACAUGGAAGAGAAUCUGUAUGAGGAGCCUCCAGAGCCCUUGGCCCUCUAUGAGGAGCCGCCCCAGGAACAAGUUGACAAUGCCAAAUAUGACUACAGGGUGGAGUACCAGGAGCCACCGGACCUGGCGGGGAAGGGGCUCUGUGCACGGGCACUCUAUGACUACCAAGCUGCUGAUGACACCGAGAUCUCCUUUGAUCCUGAGAACAUCAUCACCAACAUCGAGAUGAUCGAUGAGGGCUGGUGGCGCGGCUACGGCCCCGACGGCCACUUCGGGAUGUUCCCCGCCAACUACGUGGAACUGAUAGAGUAGGGGAGCUGGUGGGGAUCUGAUGGGGGGGCUCCAGUCCCCCGAGACCACUCAGCUCCUGCCUGAUUCUUCCAAACGACACGUGGCUUUUUCUUCUUCUCUAUUUCUCUCUCUCUCUCAGUGAAAUGCCAUUCCCCAGUCCCUCGGCAGUGGGGACCCGCAGGCACUGCUCCCCUGUCCCCCAUAGCUGCCCUUGAGUGGGUGAAGGAAGGGUCCCAUCCCACCCUGAGCCCACAGUGCUGCUCUCCGCCCCCUCCCUUGGCUUUGGAGUGGGAAGGAGGGCGAGACAAAUCCCUCACAGGAAUUUUCAGGGAACAAAUGAUCUCCCCCCUGUGCUCCCUCCCACCCCGUGACCUUGGACCUGCUGCAGCCACACUGGAGAAGCCACUUUCCCAAUUUUAUUUCAUCGGAAAAGCUCAUCAGAAUCAUUUUGGAAUCCUGCAGGGUCUGACAUAACCAGGAGACGUGAAUCCUGGCUCUGUUCCCCACCAUCCUGAGCACACUGAGCUCGCCACUCUGUGAUCCUGUGUUUUCCUCCCCGCUGUUCCCUUCUCUCACACCAAACAUGCUCCGGGGAUUUGAAUUGGGAGUGAAUAACCUCCCCUGCAGCGCAGAUCCAGCCUGGCCAAGCGUGUGGGACCCCCCCUCCCCAGCCCCCCAAACUCACUGUGAACAAGGAAAAGCCCAGCCCAGCCCUUCCCCCAUACAGAGUUUCCCGCCCUGGUGUCACUUCAGGAAUAGAAGGAGAGAAAGGGUUGGGGCUUUGGGGGGUCCCAGCUCACCCACCCCUCCUUCAGGUGCUGGGGGACAUGGUGGCUUCUCUGAAUCCCUCCCCCCGGGCCCUCCCCAGCUACA